CCGUCGCCAUUCCUGGCCAAUCCCGUCCUCGCCUCUCCCUCUCCUCCCUCGGCUUUGGUGACAAGCAUGAGGUAUGAGAUAUUUGCUACCAGGCCCAAACAAGGCAUCGGCGAUUUGUGUGAUUGCUAUUCUCGACCACCGGAUUUUGCAUAGCGACGAAAAUAACCAUUCCCGACCCUUCUCUCCCCUCUCGUCUUCUUUCCGAUUGGUGGUCGGUGGGCAGAAGGGGGACAUGAGAGACGCCUUAAGCUUCAGUGCAGCAGCAGCGGCAACUGUACCGAAAUUACCAUUCUGCCAACUUGGUUCAUUCCCCUUUCUUGAUCUUACUAAACCCACUCUCCUCCCUUAUAAAACCUUCUAUUCACAUCCCCUCCCCUCUUCUUCUCAUCCUCCCCAUCAUCAUCUGCCCUCUCGGAAUCCCAUUUCCGCCUCUCUCCGGUUCGUCGUCGCCGCCGCCGCCGCCGCAGAGCAAGCAGCAUCCAUGGCGGCGCCAUCCGCUGCAGAGUCCAAGCCCUUCUCCGUGCUUUUCGUUUGCCUCGGCAACAUCUGCCGAAGCCCUGCCGCGGAGGCCGUGUUCAGAGACCUUGUCCGCAAGAGGGGAUUGGAGUCCAAAUUCUGGAUCGAUUCCGCCGGCACCAUCGGCUACCACGAAGGUAAUCCAGCGGACUCAAGGAUGAGGGCAGCAUCCAAAAGGCGUGGGAUCGAGGUGACUUCGAUCUCGAGGCCGAUUCGCCCCUCCGAUUUCAAGGAGUUUGAUCUCAUACUAGCCAUGGACAUGCAAAACAGAGGUACGGAGUAGUAGAGGGACAUGCAAAACAAGCCUCCUCUUCCCCUCCGCCUAUUCCCUCUCCUCCCUCGGCUUAUCCUCAGGGGGCUUACAGAGGCCCGAAACCCCGGCGGGAUUUGGUAGGCGACUGGGUCUCCAACAACGAUGGGUUCGUCCGGAGCUUGCCCAUCUUCGUGGGCGGCCUCUCCUUGCUCGCUGUCCUCCUUAACCGCGCCUUCUCCGGC